CGAACCGCUUCGACAACUGCCGCGUUUCUCCGCGCACGAGGCUGCCUCCGCGGCUGCUGCGCGCGUGCAAUACGCCGCCGCGGCGCCGCCGAAGCGGUCUGGCCGAAGGUUGCUCGCCGCCGCCAUCCCAUGAUGAUGGGGCUGCCGAGCCACCUCGUCCUAAUCGCAGUUGCCGUGGCCGCACCAGAAACCACGGUCCACGAACAGAUACGAAGCGCCCUCGCUACCGGCGAGGCCGCAUUGCAAGCUUCUAGGUGGCGGGCCUCGUCCGACGCGUACGAGCGCGCGCUUCACCUCAUGAAGCAUCAUAAGCUGCAGAUAAACGUCGCCGCCGAAAGUCAAUUGACGAACAACGUGGCCUGGGCGGCUUUCAAGCUAGGUGAUCAUGAAAGAGCCUUGCGGCACUACGAGGCGUCGGCGCGGUCCUGCGAUAGUGCGUUGCGGGAGGGCUUCAAUGAGUGCCUCAACAAGGUGUACGAUAACUUGCACGAAUUGGUGCAUCGCACUUUACGGAGGCGAGGUUUAGCUAUUGACUACUUGCGUGAAGGUUUAGCUUCGGCGAAAAGGGCUAUCGACGAGCGCGGGCUGGACGAGGCGGCCUUGCUGAACCUAGAUGGCAACGUUCGGGUGCGCCUCGGAUACUUGUUAGUGCUACAUGGUGAGUUAAAUGAGGCUGAAAGUACAUUGGGGCCUUUAUUAAGGCACGCCCUCACGAACACCACCGGAAGCAGCGAGCACGGCCUCUUUACGGGUCCCAAUGUGGAGAAGCGGGCUUUAUUACAAGAAGCCGCGACCUACGUCGGAUGGAGUCGAGCCUUUCGGCGGGACUGGACGGGCGCGUCGGACGCACACGCCGUCGGGGCGGCCCUAGCGUUACCUAGAGACGCAUCAGGAUGCACUUUGCCGCGUUGGCGCGUCCAGGACGGCUGGCUCACGCCAGAAAGGUCGUGGACAGUCCAUCCUUUAGCGGUGAAGGCGCCUAUAUUAAGAUUUGGGAACGUCGUGGCCCCGAUCUGUGCGGUACGAAGGCGCUUCGGCGCGAAAGAUAGACCAGGAGCGGGCCCCGGCUGGUGCGGCGCGUCCGAGCCGAGUUUAUCUCCCGGACUGGCAAGGUUGGUGGAGAUCCCCAACGCGUUUCUGGGAGGCAAGGACGGCUCGGCCCUCUGGCAGCGCGCGCCGCACUGCGUGUUUUUUGCGGGCGAAGUUACCAGUAGUGGAGCGCCGCCGCCGGACUGGGGCGACGCCGCGGCGAAUUCUGGGUUGACCGAUAAAGACGUCGUGCUCCAGUCCGAGCCCGAGGACACGAUAACAAUCGAGUCGGCGUUGUUGCUGUUUGACGCGAGGGAAGGGCACAAGAUGUUCUGGCACCAUCAAACAGAAAGCGUGUCUCGGUUAGCCCUGGCGCUCUGCCGCCUCUUCGAUCGCGACGGGAAGGCCGCUUCGGACCUACCGGAGCAGACGCGGAACAUGUUGAGUCGCGCGGUCAUACUGUUCCCCCAGGCCCUGACGGCGACGAUCACCGCGCUUUUGCAGCGGGGCCACGCCACCACCAAGGCUCUGGAGCGACAACGUAGACUAAGGGCCUACGACUGGUCCGCCGGCCGCGUGUACUCCAUAAGAGCGGCGUUCGUGCUCGACUGGCCGCCGGCGGCCUUCGCCGGCACGGCCGACGCGCCUGGCGGGCCGCCCUCGGGCGGCGCGCCGCGCUGGGAGCCGCGUUCUCGAAGGAAUGAGGAGAACUGGAUCGCGGAAUUAGCGUCCAAAGCCGCGGCGCCCUACGGGCGACGGUACAAGGAGUCAUUAUUUAGAUUGCACUUCGUGCCGCCCGGUAUCUUAAGGACCCAAGCGGCGUUUCUGCGGAGGGCCUUCCCGCCGGACCGGGACGCGAAGCCGACGGUGCUCUGGUAUUCGAGGCGGGACUGCGACAAGCGCCACGUGAAAUCCGAGGACGAGGUCAUCGACGCCCUACGGACGCGGUUCAAGGGCCGGUUGGACGUCGUGAGCUGGGCGGGCGGCGCGACGCCGGACGCUAAAAGGGCGGCAGCAGCGUGGUCGCGGGCGGCGCUGGUCGUCGGGCCGCACGGUGCUGGUUUAGCCAACAUGGUGCACUGCGCGCCGGGGACCGUGGUCUUGGUAUUACCGGCGGGCGACGCGGCGGGCGCGCCGUCGGCGUCGGACGAGGUCUUCGCUCAUCUAGCGGUGGCGCUGGGUUUAGAUCUGCGCUUCUUCCGGAUGGCCGAGCCGCCGCUCAUGUUCCACAACUACUCGAAGUUCGACCAAAGCGCGGUGCGCGCGGUCGCGAACGAGGCCUGGGGCGCGCUCUUCCCCGACGAGCCGCCGCCUCCUUUAUCGCCGUACGGCGACGAGGACGACGACGUCGAGGUCGUGUCGGAAGUCGUGGCCUAAG